AUGGCGUGGACGCUUCUGGGACUGGCUCUUUGCCUCGGCUUGGUGCCCACGGCCUCCGCGGACUGUGCUACCGAGUGUUCUUCAUGCGCGCUGCACGGCCAGGAGCUGGAGAAGCCCAUCAGCCCCUUAGUCUGUUUCCUGGAGUGUCAGGGCUCCUUGCUGUCGGCUGGAGAAUGGGAGGCGUGCAAGAAAGCUCUGAGCGGCUUGGCCCCUCUCCUGAUGGACGAGCUGCCCAAGAGGCUAUCCCAGGGAGAUGAAGAGGAGGGGUCUGAUCAGGGAGGAAGCCCCAGAUCCCGGGAGCUUCCCACCGGGCUGGUCAAACGUUACGGCGGCUUCAUGAAGAAGCUGGAUAAGAACAAGAUCUUCUCCCUGUUGCGCGAGAACGGGCACUCCAAGGGCAUCAGCAAGAAGUAUGGUGGGUUCUUCCGCAAGACAGGCGAGAGGUCAGCAUCUGAGCCGGGCGGAGAGGAGGAUUACCCGGGGGCCCUGGAGAUGAGAGACCUGGCCUACGCCGGGGAAGAGUCCGAUCGGGGGUCUCUGAAGGACGAGAUGAAACGUUACGGGGGCUUCCUCCGCAAAUACCCCAAGAGAAGUUCGGAAGGGGCGGCGGACAAGGAGGACGGACAGGCGAUGGAAGACCUGCACAAACGCUACGGGGGCUUCUUGCGCAGGAUCCGGCCCAAGCUGAAGUGGGACAAUCAGAAGCGCUACGGCGGGUUCCUGCGGCGUCAGUUCAAGGUGACCACGAGAUCACAGGAGGAGCCCAACGCCUAUUCAGGGGAGGUCUCCGACCUAUAG